AUAUUUACUAGCUAGUGUUCUAUAAGUUCACCGUCAGUUCUGAAAAAUGGGUUCCAAGGUUUUGCUUGUUGUAGUUAUGUUCAUGGCGGCUAUACUUCUGAUCUCUGCUGAGGUUGCAGCCAAUGAAAACGAAAAUUUUAACAAAAAAGAUGGGAAGCAUGCUCCAAAUGGGUUAUAUGAUAGCAAAUGGGGUUACGGUGGUUGGGGUGGUCCUUGGUAUGGCGGCUGGGGUGGCCCUUAUUAUGGUGGCGGCUGGGGUGGCCCUUAUUAUGGCGGUGGUUGGGGCGGUCCCUGGCAUGGUGGUGGCGGUGGUGGCUGGGGAGGUUGGCGUCGACCUAAUGGCAACCCUCACAACUAAGAAGAAAACUUGCUAAAGCUUCUUUACGGGUUUAGGUUUUCGCAAUAAAUAAAACUUCAUGAGAAGUGUAGUUGUAAUAAAAGUGGAAGUCUCUCUUCUCUUGUUAUAUAAAGGAAUAAUAGUUUUAUAUAUGUAUUUUCUUAUCUUUA